CACGCGCGCUGCGUGUUCCCGCCCUGUGACUGCGCCGGCGAUUACUGGGAGAGGAUUGAUGACGUCAACGUUCAGGUUCCAUGGCAGCUCGGCGGCGGGGCGCGAGCAGCGGCCGGGCGCGAGCUUCCGUAGCAUUAAAUGAAGGUGAAAGAGUUGGUAAUGGCAAAGCAGCUACAGAAGACCCUCCUCCAGCAAAGAAAGCUCGAAGAUGCCGGAGGCAGGGGGUGAGAAAAGAGCCUGUGGCUGGAGGAAAGGCUGAUAAUGACAGGACAGAAGACAGGCAAGAGUCUGUGAAGACCUUGCUGUUAAAGGGCAAAGCUCCUGUGGACCCAGAGUGCACAGCCAAGGUGGGGAAGGCCCAUGUGUACUGUGAAGGGAAUGAUGUCUAUGAUGUCAUGCUGAAUCAGACCAAUCUCCAGUUCAACAACAACAAGUAUUAUCUGAUUCAGCUGUUAGAAGAUGAUGUCCAAAGGAACUUCAGUGUUUGGAUGAGAUGGGGCCGAGUUGGGAAAAUGGGGCAGCACAACUUGGUGGCUUGUUCAGGGGACCUCAGCAAGGCCAAGGAAAUCUUUCAAAAGAAAUUCCUUGACAAAACAAAAAAUAAUUGGGAGGAUCGUGAGAAGUUUGAGAAGGUGCCUGGGAAAUACGAUAUGCUACACAUGGACUAUACUAACAGCACACAGAGUGAAGAGGAAACAAAAGAAGAAGAAUCUCUUAAAUCCCCCUUGAAACCAGAGUCGCAGCUAGAUCUUCGUGUACAGGAGCUGAUAAAGUUGAUCUGUAAUGUCCAGGCCAUGGAAGAGAUGAUGGUAGAAAUGAAAUAUGACACCAAGAAAGCCCCACUUGGGAAGCUGACAGCGGCACAAAUCAAGGCAGGUUACCAGUCUCUUAAGAAGAUUGAGGAUUGCAUUCGGGCCGGCCAGCAUGGACGAGCUCUCGUGGAAGCAUGCAAUGAAUUCUACACCAGAAUCCCUCAUGACUUUGGACUCCAUACCCCUCCAUUAAUCCGGACAGAGAAAGAACUGUCGGACAAAAUACAACUGCUAGAGGCUUUGGGAGACAUUGAAAUUGCCAUUAAGCUGGUGAAGACAGAGCUGCAAAGCCCAGAACACCCACUGGACCAACACUAUAGAAAACUACAUUGUGCUUUGCGCCCUUUAGACCAUGAAAGUUAUGAGUUCAAAGUGAUUUCCCAGUACUUACAGUCCACCCAUGCUCCCACACACAGUGACUAUACCAUGACCUUGCUGGAUGUUUUUGAAGUAGAGAAGGAGGGUGAGAAAGAAGCCUUCAGAGAGGACCUUCAUAACAGGAUGCUGCUAUGGCAUGGUUCCAGGCUGAGUAACUGGGUGGGGAUCCUGAGCCAUGGGCUUCGAAUUGCCCCACCUGAGGCUCCCAUCACAGGUUACAUGUUUGGAAAAGGAAUCUAUUUUGCUGACAUGUCUUCCAAGAGUGCCAACUACUGCUUUGCCACUCGCCUAAAGGAUACGGGACUGCUGCUCUUGUCAGAGGUAGCUCUCGGUCAGUGUAACGAGCUACUAGGGGCCAAUCCAGAGGCAGAAGGAUUACUUCAGGGCAAACACAGCACCAAGGGGCUGGGCAAGAUGGCUCCCAGUCCUGUGCGCUCCAUCACCUUGAAUGGGAGUAUAGUGCCCUUGGGACCAGCGAGUGACACAGGAAUUCUGAAUCCCGAGGGUUAUACCCUCAACUACAAUGAAUUUAUUGUCUAUAACCCCAACCAGGUCCGUAUGCGUUACCUUCUAAAGGUUCGAUUUAAUUUCCUGCAGUUGUGGUGAAUGUUGAUAUUAAAUAAAGCAGGAAAGAUAUGAUCUUCAAGCAAGAAGACAGGCAAUAUUGUACUUCUGAUUUUCUCAUUUUUUUGUAAUAAAAAUAGUACAAAUGUA